GAAUUAUUUGAACCACUUUCUCUGUCUCUCUCUCUCUCUCUCUCUCUCUCUCUGUAGCCGAACGAUUCUUCAUCCUUGGAUUCUUAAAGUAUCGCUUGAAUGGCGGGUAGAGGCAAAACCCUAGGAUCUGGCGCCUCGAAGAAGGCCACCUCGAGGAGUAGCAAGGCCGGUUUACAGUUUCCCGUCGGUCGUAUCGCCCGGUUCUUGAAGGCCGGCAAGUACGCCGAGCGUGUUGGUGCCGGCGCCCCUGUCUAUCUCGCUGCCGUUCUCGAGUACCUCGCUGCUGAGGUGCUUGAAUUAGCUGGAAAUGCAGCUAGAGACAAUAAGAAGACCAGAAUUGUUCCGCGCCACAUCCAGCUAGCUGUGAGGAACGAUGAGGAACUGAGCAAGCUGUUAGGCGAUGUUACUAUUGCUAAUGGAGGUGUGAUGCCUAAUAUCCAUAACCUCCUCCUGCCAAAGAAGACUGGCACCUCAGGCUCUAAGGCCUCUGCUGAUGAUGACAGUUAAAUUCAUAGUCAGUAAGGAUGUGUUUUAAGAUCCCAAAAAAGUCUUUCUGCUAAUGUGUUUCCACUGCGAUUUAAUAUAUAUAUUCCUGUUUGUUUAGUUAAUUUUUAUGUUAGGAUUCGAGUCUUUCGUGCUUGUGGAGGUGUAGUUAUUGUAGUUAGGUUCAGUUAGGGAUGUGAAUAUAAUCGAUUGUCUUGUAGUUGGCUAAAUAGAAAAGUUGUGGGAAGAAUUGAUUUCCCACAAUGACAAUUAAUGCAAGAUUUCAAUUUUAUCA